AUGUCGGGCUCCAGUUCUGUGGAAGACCUUCCUGACCAGUGCAAAGACCUGUUCACUCAAGAUGGCGUUUUACUCAAGGCGUGCCUCGGGAGACCAAUCACUGACCUCAACAGCAUCGGUAUGCUUUGCAUCGUUGAGAACCACGACAAUAGCAAGAGUAUUGAAUGGAGACCAAACGAUCUGAUCACCAUAGACUCCGACACUCAAGACCAGGAGUGGGCCGUCGUUAACACUAUUGGUAUAUCCAUGUCUUACGCUAAAGGUCGUCGCCAAAGAACUUUCAGCGGCAACAUCACAGCAGACUAUGCCACAGCUCGUGCCCGCAUCAUCAGAAUUCCCCUUGAGGAGUUAAAGACCUUUAGAGUAACACGCAACAACCAGCAAAUGCAGUUUUCCACAAAACCAGGAGUUUGGCAGACCACAUUCUACUUCCAACAUGGGAACGCUGAAAUUUUCGUAGCCUCUUUAAAGAAUCAUGUGAAAACGGCUAAAACCAGACAUGACAGGAACACGUAUGUGGUCGUAGAACCUAAUACAGAAUCCCAAGUGCUGAAUAAGUCUUUUGCUGAACUGGACAUCUUUACAGAGAACACUACAGACGUAGUGUGGAACUUGGUGUCUAAUUUUAAACAGAGGCCGUAUGAGACGACUAUGGAGGCGUUUUCCAAAUUAACUGAUAUUGUGUACUAUGGUAAUGAAGGAGCGAGUGGGAAACGCGAUGUGUCCGAAGAAGUAGCGGACCUUCUGACCAAAAGUAUGAAUGAAAUAGACGAAGCCACGACAGUAACGACACUCACCAGACAGAGUGAUGAGUACGAGGUCGUCACUGUCAACCCGAUGCUACCACCGAGACCCGUUAUACCCAGAGGUACACCGCUUUCAACGGAAAAGUGGGAGGGGCUACAGGAUACAGAAGGCAGAGUUACAGAAGUGGAUGGAGUUCGACAACUUAUCUUCAGAGGUGGGAUCGCACGCUCGAUACGACAUUUAGUUUGGAAGUACCUCUUAGACUACUACCCGUGGCACAUGACGCAUGCACAAUUGAAAACGUUGCAUAAGAAGAGAACAGAGGAGUAUUUUACCAUGAAGUUGCAAUGGAGAUCCAUGACUGAAGCACAGGAAUCGAGGUUUGCAGAAUACAGAGAGCGCAAGAACCUUGUAGAGAAAGACGUGAACAGGACAGACAGGACACACCCAUACUACGCCGGCGAGAACAACCCCAACUUAUUGGUGUUACAAGACAUACUCAUGACGUACGUGAUGUACAACUUCGACCUCGGCUACGUACAGGGCAUGAGUGAUAUACUGGCGCCCUUGUUGCUCCUGAUGGGGAAUGAAGUCGACAGUUUCUGGUGUUUUGUUGGGUUUAUGGAUAAAAUUGCAUCAAACUUCGAAAUGGACCAAGCGGGCAUGAAGCACCAGUUGCUGCAGCUCCAACAAUUGUUAAUGUUCGUGAGUCCCGAGCUCGCCAACCACCUCGUCCAGAAGGACUCCGGGAACAUGUUCUUCAGUUUCCGCUGGCUCCUCGUGUGGUUCAAGAGGGAGUUCUCACACAGAGAUAUCAUGAGGCUGUGGGAAGUAUUAUGGACAGGAUUGCCGUGUGCAAAUUUCCAUUUACUAAUAGGUGUUGCCAUACUCGAUGCAGAGAAAGAUGUUUUUAUCAGUAAAGACUAUGGUUUUACUGAAAUAUUAAAACAUGUAAAUGACCUCUCAAUGUGCCUAGACGUAGACAAGAUACUCAGCAAUGCCGAAGGAAUCUACCACCAGCUGGUUUCAUCGCCCAACCUCCCAGACCAGAUCCGCGUAACCCUCGGCUUGCCAACUAUCAAUAUAUCCACAUCCACCCACUCGGAAGCAGACAACAGCAAACCGUCCACUUCCAGGGGAACGGAAAAUGGAUACCCUCGAAUAUAA